ACACACAGACACACACACACACACACACUUGUUUGAAAUAACUGUCUGUUUAGGUCAGCGUCACAGUAUCACAUAUAAAAGAGGGACCACAGGACCGCGGUGAGGUUUUGAUGGGACUUCACUGGCAUACCAGCACAAUUAACAGACAACAUGCAGGGAAAUACAACAUAUUCCCCGUUCCCUGGUAAUCACAGCCACACCAACAACACAUGUUCCCGUGACAACAUUUUGAAGACAGUGGUUUUUCCCGUACUCUACUCCUGUCUCUUCCUGGUGGGACUUUCACUCAACGCCGUGGCUGUGUGGGUGUUUUUUCGCAUCCCAUCAAAGUCUCACUUCAUAAUAUACCUGAAGAAUAUUGUGGUUGCAGAUGUCAUCAUGACCUUCACUUUCCCUUUCAAGGUUUUAUCCGGCUCCAACAUGGCUUCCACUGGGCUGCGGGUAUUCGUCUGUCGGGUCUCCUCGGUUCUCUUCUACCUCACCAUGUACAUCAGCAUCAUCUUCUUUGGCCUCAUCAGCAUAGAUCGCUGCAGAAAGACCCUGAAACCCUUCAGGGGGACAAAUGCGGCCCGCUUAGCCCGCCGCAAACUCCUUUCAGGAGCCAUAUGGACCUUUCUGCUGCUUCUUUGUCUGCCUAAUGUGAUCCUGACACGUAAGCCCCCGAAGUCAUCGUCUUUCAAGUGCAGUGACCUGAAGACAGAGGCCGGCCUGUACUCCCACGAGGUAGUGAAUCACGUCUGUCAAGUUAUUUUCUGGGGCAACCUGGUGACUGUGAUAAUAUGCUACACUCUGAUCACCAAAGAGCUGUACAGAUCCUACUCCCGCACCAAGGCCCACAGCAGCGGAGGGACUAAAAGUGGAGCGUCAACUCGGAAACCCCAGCAAGGCAAUAGGAAGAUGAGUGCAAACGUGUUCCUGGUUCUGGCCGUGUUCUUCGUGUGCUUCGUGCCGUUUCACUUUGCCCGUGUGCCGUACACCAUGAGCCAGACCCAACGAGGUCUCUUUGUCUGUGAGCUCAAGCUCUUCCUUUUUCAGCUGAAGGAAAGCACACUCUUCCUCUCAUCCUUAAACUCUCUCCUGGACCCUCUCAUCUACUUCUUCCUCUGUAAGUCCUUCAGGACCACUCUGUUCAAGACCCUGCAGCUGCCUCCUGGUUCCUGCAGCAGGCUAACAGGGAGAGGGUCGGACACGGAUACGGGCAGCACCGCCCUGAGAGACUCAGCUGUCCGUGCGUGAAACCACUGCUGCACAUGAUGACUGUAAUGAUGGUUACUAACAAUACUGACCCACGGGUAAAAUAAUGUACUGCUGGGAGUUUAACUUUGUCCACGCUGAAGAACUGACUCAGUUCUUCUUCGGCAGUUCUUUCUGUUCUCUGUUUCUUCAAUUUACUAACAACACAAUGUUCCUCUCCUGUGUUCAACAUCUUGAAAACACGUCUUUCUCACAUCUGCAAAACAUGUGUGAUUUAUUCUAGUUUUGCUGCAUGCAAUGAGCUCCAUGCAUUUAAGGUAGUGAGUAUUUUGGGGGAAUCUGAAGGGAUUUCCAAACUGUUUUUGUACCUUUUGUUACAACCGCACGGGUCUGAAUUACCACUUUUACGGAAAUGCAUAAAUAACCGUUAUGAAAAUAAAGAGGAAGUCAUGCAUGUU